AGAGAGACCACAAGAGGAGGAGGAGGAGAAGAGUGGUGGAGAGGACACAAGAGGAAGAGGAAGGAGUGAUGGAUUAUCCUCUUGACUUAUGGUUCUGUAUUAGUGAGUACAUUAGUCCAGAGGUUGUAGUGAAGUUUGCCUGUCUGUGUCAAGCAACUCGAUACAUCACGACUACAGUGCAGUUCUGGCUGUCGUUGUUUAGAAGACACUACCAAUGGACAGCCGCCCUCCCAGAAUCCCUCAGUUACUGGAACAUAGACCGAAGGAUGAGGGACGUGCGCGUGUGUGUCAUCCGAGCCCUCUUCCUCAUGUACCCUCCCUUCUGUGCCCGCCUGGCCGCCGAGAAGCCCCUUAGCGCUGACCCCACACAGCUGCUGCGUGCCCAAUGCAUACUGCAGUGGCAUAGGAAGGAAGGGUCACACCACAAGUAUUUCUUCAAGUUUGCGCAUCCUCAGCACUGCAGCAGGGAUGGGAGGCUGGCCAAGUGUGUAGGGGAGGCACCUGCUCACACCAACCCCCACAGUGGAUGCUGGGUGCUGGAGGCCACCGGUGCAGGUGUGUAUGCGGUGCCAAUGGUGAUGGGGGAGCACCUGUACCAUGCGGGGGUGGGGGUCUCGGCCAACCUCUGCAGCCACACGCUCCGUCUUGCCCUGGUCCCCCCACACCUCCUGCCCUCCUCCUCCAGGGCCCCCACCCGUCGCCACCGUGUUCCCGCCACUGAGAUAACACUGGACCCAGUAACCAACGUCCGACUGUAUCCCUGGUGGCACCCGGAGUACUGGAACGUCCUGCAAAUAUCCGACAGCGGUGAUAAGGAUGACUGGUGACCCCUGAACUGGUGAACUGGGGUGCUGGGUGGCCGGUGAAGUGACUGGAGGGGGUGUUUAAAAGAUUCUAUGAAUUUUUAAAGUGUUUUGUGGGUGUGUUUAGACGAGUGUGAUUGGUUUAGAAGGCUGUGUGAUUGAGAAUUGACUGUUUAAAUGACUGGAGGCUGUGUUUGUUGUAUUUAAAAGACUGUAUGGCUGAAAAAUUGAUUGUUUGAUGAGAAUUGACUGUUUAAAUGACUGGAGGCUGUGUUUGUUGUAUUUAAAAGACUGUAUAGCUGAAAAAUUGAUUGUUUGAGUGACUAUGCGUAUUUAAAAGGCUGUUUGGCUGGUAAAAUAACUAUGGGGGUGUUUAGAAGACUGUGUGAUUGAGAAUUGACUGUUUAAAUGACUGGAGGCUGUGUUUGUUGUAUUUAAAAGACUGUAUAGCUGAAAAAUUGAAUGUUUGACUAUGUGUGGUGUUUAAAAGGCUGUUUGGGUGUUUAGAAGACUGCGUGAUUGAGAAUUGACUGGUGAAAUGACUUGACCUGUGUUUGGUGUGUUGAAGUGACUGUGGCUGUGAAUAGUGUGUUUAGAAGAUUCUGUAGAUUAGAAUUGACUGAUUAAAUGACUGUAGUUGAAGAAUGUCUGGUUAAUUACUGUGUGGGUGAGAAUUGACUGGUUAAGUGACUGGGGGUGUGGUUAAAAGACUGUAUGAAUGGGUAUUGAGUGGGUAGGUGGCUAAAUGAUCAGUAUGUGUGUCUGUAGCUAAGUGGAAUGACUGGAAGGGGUUGUUUUGUGUGGGAAAUAAAUGUUAAUAUUGUAAUCUUAUUGAAUUUCAUAUUUGCAAACAUUUAUUUUCUCAUCACUGGCUUCAAAGGCUGUAGUGGAAGUUAUUGGAGUUUUCAAGGGUGUUUCCAUGAUUGUGGUAAUGGUUUAAAUGCUCUAGUAGAAGUUAUUGGAGUUUUCAAGGGUGUUUCCAUGAUUGUUGCUAGUUUAAAUGCUCUAGGGAAAGUUAUUGGGGUUUUCAAGGGUGUUUUCAUGGUUCUAGUGAUAAUUUAAAAGCUCUAGGGAAAGUUAUUGGGGUUUUCAAGGGUGUUUUCAUGGUUCUAAGUGAUAAUUUAAAGGCUCUAGAGAAAGUUACUGGAUUUUCAAAGGUGUUUUCAUGGUUCUAGUGAUAAUUUUAAGGCUCUAGAGAAAGUUGCUGGGUUUUCAAGAGAAUUUUCAUGGUUUUAGUGGUAGUUUAGGAGAGUGUAUUGAAAGAUUUUGGGGUUUUCAAUACUUUUUUUUAUGUUUCCAGUGAUAGCUUGAUAAGUACUGAGCAUCCAGGAUCAAAAUACCAUUAACAGCCUGACCAAUCGCCUCUGUUGCCUUUGAGAACAAUCGUGGUGAGAGAGAGAAAUGUUUGCGAGUGUGAAAAUGUGUCCUUGUUGUUAUUGCAAAGACUACCAUUAUUUUUGUAUGUGUUUGUACUGUGUUGAGAUUAUACUGUAUUGGAGACUAGUAUAUACAGAAGGCUGGAGCGCUAUCUCUCUCUCUCUCUCUCUCUCUCUCUCUCUCUCUCUCUCUCUCUCUCUCUCUCUCUCUCUCUCUCUCUCUCUCUCUCUCUCUCUCUCUGACCCGUCCAAAGUUUCAAAUCAUAACAAAGCAUAACAAAUAUGAAUAAGUAUGUAUAUAAAUGUGUGUGUUUAUUAUGUCAUGUAUGGUGCUUAUUUUUGUUACUACUGCAGGGCCUCCGCUGUUUCCUCCUCUUCCUCUUCCUUUUCCUCCGCCAUUGAAGUGAUGAACAUUGAAAUAAAAAUGUUUGUGAUGAUA